AAAUCUGACAAGUAAUGUCAAUAUGCAAAAUCAAUCUAGAAAUAGUCACAGAGAAUGGAACCAGUUGCAUCAUCUUCAUUUGCAAAAUCAGUGUCUUCCAUGCAAUUGCGAUCUGGAAGAGUACCAUCCAGAUAUAUUUUCAUCAAUGACAAAAAUGCAUACCUCAUUAAAAGGAAAACAUCCAACAAAAUUCGGACUGCAAAAUACACGCUGGUCACCUUUUUGCCGAUAUUCCUUUUCGAGCAGUUCAGGAAAUGGUCGAACGUGUUCUUCCUACUGAUCGCACUGCUACAGCAAAUACCAAACCUGUCUCCUACUGGACGAUACACCACGAUCAUUCCACUGUCCUUCAUCAUGAGCGUAUCUGCUAUCAAAGAGAUCAUCGAGGAUAUCAAGAGACAGAGGGAUGAUAGGGAGGUCAAUAAUCAACUUGUUAGCGUUAUCAAAAAGGGAACCUGGACUAUGCAGAAGUGGCGAAGUAUAAAAGUAGGCGACAUAGUGAGGGUCCGUUGCGACGAAUCCUUUCCAGCAGAUUUAGUCUUGCUGUCUUCCAGUGACCCAGAGGGAAUCUGCUAUAUCGAGACCUCCAACUUGGAUGGAGAAUCCAACUUGAAGAUCAGACAGUCGCCUAUCUCCACCAAGAUGCUGACAGAUCCGAAGGAUCUGAUCGAACUCGGAGGAACGGUCAAUGCUGAACCACCUACCAGUCUCAUAUACGAUUUUUCUGGCCUUCUGAUUCAAGACAAAAUCAGCGAGCCCCUGGGCCCUUAUCAGCUCCUCCUGAGAGGCACCAAGCUGAGGAACACUGCCUGGAUAUUUGGAGUAGUUGUUUACACAGGUCACGAAACCAAACUGUUUCUUAAUUUCACCAAGGUGCCCUACAAGCAGUCUUCCGUGGACAAGAUCACCAAUACCCUUAUGGUUAUCAUGUUCGUAUUAUUUAUAUUGAUAUGCGUACUAUGUACGUUUUUCAAUUAUUUCUACCAUAAGGCUCUGAAGACACAUUGGUACUUGGAAUUGGAGGACUAUAGCGCGAUUGACGUCCUUUACAACAUAUCGGGUUUUGUAAUCCUAUUCCACAACGUGAUUCCAAUAUCAUUGCAAGUUACCCUGGAGGUAGUUCGUUUCAUCCAGGCCAUGUUCAUCAAUGUCGAUCUGGAAAUGUACCAUGAAGAGUCCGAUAUUCCAGCCAGUGCUAGAACGUCUAAUUUGAACGAUGAAUUGGGACAAGUGAAGUAUGUCUUUGCAGAUAAGACAGGUACCUUAACGAAAAACUCACUGCUUCUGAAACACAUUGCAGUUGCAAGUAACACCUAUUCGAUAAACUCACUGGCAAAUUCCAAACAACCUUUUCCAAGUGAAGUUCAUCAUUUACUCCUAUGCAUGACCAUAUGUCAUACAGCCAUACCAGAAAGGCAAUCUGACGGAAAGAUCAAGUACAACGCUGAGUCGACAGACGAGAGGGCUUUGGUAGAUGCAGCUGCACUGCUUGGGUACAUUUUCCAAGAGCGUACUCACGAUGCCAUCGUAGUGGAUGUGAGAGGCAUCAGGUCAGUUUUCCAAAUCCUCUGCACAUUGGAAUUCACCUCUGCCAGGAAGAUGAUGUCCGUGAUUGCGAGAGACAACCAAGGAAGGAUCAGGAUGUUUUGCAAAGGAGCAGAUGAUGCAAUUGUAGAGAAGGCGUCUCUAUCCGGGAACAGAAAUGUUCACAGAUUGAUCAAAACGGUAGACAAAUACGCAGAGGAAGGUCUAAGAACGCUAUGCUUCGCUUAUAAGGACGUCUCCACGCAAGAAUUCGACCAAUGGAAGAUCCUCCAUGACGCUGCCAUGAACAAUUUACAUCGGAGGUCAAGCGAUCUCGCCAUAGUGGCUGAUCAAAUCGAGCAAAACCUCACGAUCAUGGGAGUGAGUGGGAUAGAAGACGAGCUCCAGGACGGGGUUCCAAACACGAUAGCCUCUUUGAGGGAGGCCAUGAUUAACAUUUGGGUGCUCACUGGAGACAAGCAACAGACUGCCAUCAACAUUGGAUACUCAAGCAAACUUUUAGAGCAUUCGAUGAAGCUGAUCGUAAUGAACUUAUCGUCGUAUAGGGAGACACGAAACGCACUGAUUAACUGCAUGCAGGAUCUCGCGACUGAUACAUGGAGGGGCAUGGACCUAGCCUUAGUCAUAGACGGAAGAACCCUAGGCUUGGUGCUAUCUCCUAGACUGAAGAACGAAUUUAUCAAGCUAUGUUUAAGCUGCAAGGUAGUCAUCUGUUGCCGAGUGUCGCCUAUACAGAAGUCGGAAGUUGUGGAAACUAUCAGGAAAAGCACGAAAGCUGUUACGUUGGCCAUAGGUGAUGGUGCUAACGACGUGGCCAUGAUCAGAAAAGCCCACGUCGGAAUUGGAAUCUCAGGAUCUGAAGGCAAUCAUGCCACAGCGGCCGCAGACUACAGCAUAGCCCAGUUUCGAUAUUUGAAGAGACUACUCUUCAUCCAUGGCGCCUGGAGCUACCUACGGGUAUCCAAACUCAUCCUGUACUUCUUCUACAAGAACCUCACGUUCCAGCUGGUGCAACUGUGGUUCACCCUCAGCGCCGAACAUUCUGGCAACAACAUGUUUGAACGAUGGAGUAUUGGACUGUACAACGUUAUAUUUACUGCGUCACAACCUGCGGUGCUUGGGAUUUUCGACAGGCCUUGUAAAGCCGCACUCAUGAUGGACAAUCCCAUCACUUAUACUUACUCCCAAUCGGGAAAGUUACUGAACGUAGCCUCGUUCAUGUAUUGGCUCUUCACAAGCUUCUCGCAGUCUUUGAUGAUAUACUUCUUGACAAUCGAAAUAAUGAAGCACGACAUGUUGUGGUUAGAACCAAGUCAUACCAAUUUCCAUAUCCUCCCGGGUUGUGUCGCCUACACAUACCUUGUCAUUGUAGUGAAUUUGAUAUCAGGGAGGCUCUGCGACUCAUGGCCGUUUUUCAUCCAUUUCAGUAUUUGGACCUCUGUCCUAGGUUGGUUCAUUUAUCUUACAGGGUACAGUUACUUGGAGCAUAUCAUAGGUAUCAGUAUGAAAAUGACUGAUAUAUGCUGGAGGCUGUACACGUCAGUCCCUUUUUGGAUGGGAAUGGCUCUUGUACCUCUUAUCGCGUUACUUCCGGACUUUGUGGCUCAUAUAUUGAACCAUACGAUGUUCUGUAAUGUUCUGGACAAGGUACGGCUAACAGAAGUGGGUAAACAACAGGUGGCAGGGCGGAAGUUCUUGAAUUCGCUUUAUUUUUUCGUAGUUUAUGGGGGGGAGAGGAAAUUGAAGUUACACGAGUCUCUUGAUGUUAACACGAUAAUGUAAUGUUUGUAAGAAUUAAGCUGUAAUGCAAUGGUUCUGAAUGCAUGUGUCUCAACCUGUACUUCUUCUACAAGAACCUCACGUUCCAGUUGGUGCAGCUGUGGUUCACCCUCAGCGCAGAACAUUCUGGCAACAACAUGUUUUAACGAUGAAGUAUUGGACUGUACAACGUUAUAUUCACUGCGUCACAACCUGCGGUGCUAGGGAUUCUCGACAGGCCUCGAAAAGACUCUCUCAAGAUGGACAAUCCCAUCACUCAUUCGGGAAAGUUCUUAAACGUAUCCUCGUUCAUGUAUUGGCUCUUCACGAGUUUCUAGCAGUCAUUGAUGAUAUAGUUCUUGACCAUCGAAAUUGAAGCACGACAUGUUGUGGUUAGAACCAAGUCAUACCAAUUUCUAAAUCCUUCCAGGGUCCAUCGCCUCUACACAUACCUUGUCCUUGUAGUGAAUUUAAUAUCAGGGAGGCUCUGCGACUGAUGGCCGUUUUUCAUCCAUUUCAGUAUUUGGACCUCUGUCCUAGGUUGGUUCAUUUAUCUUACAGGGUACAGUUACUUGGAGCAUAUGAUGAUGACUGAUAUAUGCUGGAGGUUGUACACGUCAGUCCCUUUUUGGAUGGGAAUGGCUGUUGUACCUCUAAUCGCGUUACUUCCGGACUUUGUGGCUCAUAUAGUGAACCAUACGAUGUUCUGGACAAGGUAGAGCUAACAGAAGUGGGUGAACAACAGGUGGCAGGUCGGAAGUUCUUGAAUUCGCUUUAUUUUUUCGUAGUUUAUGGGGGGGAGAGGAAAUUGAAGUAACACGAGUCUCUUGAUGUUAACACUUUAAUGUAAUGUUCGUAAGGAUUAUCCUGUAAUGCAAUGGUUUUGAGUGCAUACUACUGUCAGAACAGGAAUUUCGUGUAUCAAUUGUCACUUAAAGGUUUUGGGCUGUCUGUCUUCUUUUACAUUUUAGUGAGAUGGACUGAUUGCAAAUUGAAUCUCUUACUAUAGGUAUAUCGUAAGAUCUAUCUUAUAGGGUGGAAUUGCGUUGAAUGGGGCUCCUAAUGUUAGAACUGAAAUUAUGUUAUGUUUGAGAGAAUUAAAGGUUUUAGACAA